CCCAAAAUGAAGCAUGGACAGCUCGCAUCAAACGCCAACUGCUUCCUCCGCAAGUCGUCUCUCUCCGAUCAGGUUCACCGGUUUGAAGGAUCCGUUCAGUCACUGUCGUGGUAAAGGGGACUCUGGUUACAGCUCAUUCUCCAACUCUUCCAAUGCUCCAGAAUACCUGUCUUCAGCUCACGUGCAUGAGAGUGCUGGCCCUUCAGAGAAAGUGUUCUACCAGGGGUCGGAAGCACUGAAACAGCCUGGGGUAAAGGCUACACGGAUAGGCUGUGAUGCUGAUGCCAUGGGCACUGAAGAGAGAGCUGUGUGCCAGUCAAUGAAGAACUACAGUAGUGUUCAACAUGAUAGCCCUUAUCGUCGAUCAGAACCACCUCCACUUCCAACCCGUCGUGAUAGCUUCCUAGCUACAAGGCAACAUGAAUGCCUCAUCAACUGCACCAACAUUGAGGAGCAGUACGGACCCAAUGUGGUCGAGAGGCAGCCAACAGGGACAAAGACGUUUAAAUGUGAUCAGCAACCUGUAAAGAAAUCCAACAGACCGUCUGAGAGAUGGCAAAGCUAUUGGCAGCCUCUGUGGAUGAGGGCAUCGAGAAGACACAACUUGACGGAAAGCACAGAAGCGUAUACUUCCGCGAGGAGUGACAAAGCACUCCAGAACGAUUCAGCUAAGCCGUACACUUCCUUUCACCCUCGUGGUUCUAAUGUUCCCGCCAACUGUUCGGAAUCACAGAAACAGGCCUACAUUGCUUCGCAGGCUCAUGGAAACAAAUUGCUUCAGAAACCCAGCCCACAGGACUUUGAGCUGCCCCCCAUACGAACGCUUGAUAGUGUUAAUGAUGGGGUUCAGAAAGCAGUGCCGUAUUUUUGUGUCACUAGUACAGAUGUGCAGACAUCUGGCGGGGAGUACAGGCCGAAAGAACCCACCUUUACUCGAGCAAAGAGCUCAGAAAAUGUUACAGAGAAAAUGUCACACCAGCACAAGACGGAUUAUAAGCCCCAGCUGGAUAGAAAUUGUAACGAUAGACUGGGGUCUUUGGGCACCAAAGGUGCUGCUAGACUUUCGUCAGUUCAUUUGCCGAGUGUGGAUUCACCGCCUUUGAUCAUUGAGACCCAAACAAGAGAACCAGGAUUUAAUAGCAGAGGCUGCACAGGCAGCCAUGUGUUCUACUCUGGCCCGGAUGAAAAUGUCCACACCCCCAGACCAGCUUCUUCGGUGCUGGACGCUGCCCAAGCAACGAAGCGAAACAAGUAUUUGAAUGAAAGACGAGCAAGCAAUAGUACGUCCGGCUAUAACACAGAGAGCAGAGCUUCUCAAUCGAAUCCGUAUGCGAGUGCAAAGAGCUCCUACAUUGUCCCAGAGGACCCCUCUCCGAGGCCUGGGUGGCAAGAUAUAGCGAAAGAGUAUGCAAUCAGUGCGGAAAACACUCCAUUGCUACACUGCCUUACCUCCGAAAGCAAGCAAAUGGCGAAGAACAUAGCGGUCAAUUCUAAGAAUAAAUGGCAGGCCUCUGACCCAGCAAAGGGACUACCUAAGGAGGUGGAAAGAAACUAUAUCUUGGCUGCCAACCUGCACAGCGGGAUCGAGCACGAUAUGUCGCAGUUACGAAGAGCAAGGAGUUCCACUCAACUCUUCGAUGAAGAUCACGUCUUUGCGCCAAAUGAAGAAUCUCCAGACCCCGUGGGCUCGUUAAUCAAUUGUUCCAAGAAGGAUUAUAGAAACAAAAUCAAGGACGCACAGACUAAGGUCCUCCUGCAGACCUCUUUCAAACGCAAGGACCUCCAAUUCAGCUGGCCGAACCGAAUGAAGCAGAAGUCCGUGGAGAGACCAACCAUCGCACAUCUCCGAACGUACUCUCUGUCCAGCUCAAACCAAGGCCUCGGUGAUCCAACAGUCAUGUCACCACAGGCACUGUACGAGUUACAGGACGCCAGGUCCUUGCUGUCCCAGCACCAGAUCGCACGCAUCGGGGGGAGGAAAAGAUUGACCGCAAUGCAGAAGAAAAUGUGCUAUUCAGAGCCCGAGAAAAUAAACCAGUUGGGUGUGUCGAACAGUCAGAGGAAGUUCUCUCUCAUGUGGGAACAGGGGAAAACCAUCAACUGUCCAGAUCCGCACCGAGACCUCAGUUUUGUGGGGGCGAGGAAACACACGUUUGAAAGUGACAAGGCUUCCUCGACGUUGAACCUCUCCAAGGAGGGAAAGACCCAGAUUCGGCAGGACGUGUUAGCCGAGUACAUGGAACGCAAGAAAGGCCAGAAACCUGCCGGCAGAGACCUUGUAUUUCCCGAGAAGCAAAGAGCGAAACCUGUUCCACCGAGAAACAUUUCCGAUUGGAAUUGCAACCCGUUUCCUGGCUCUGACGAAGAGCCGAAGAUAUCCAGACACAAGUCUGCAGAGAUUCUAUGGGAAUUACGACCGAAUUACUCUAUGAACCAUCAAGGCUACAGUAAUGUGUCCGCUGUGUAUUCCUUAAAACAGGAACCAGUUGCUCGACAGUUGCACACGCAGGCAGAUAGCAGGACCUCCAGCAAGUGUGCAUCUGCUGAAGAUCUUCUGGACCAACUAGCAUUCGCUCAGUUCAGUGACCGUGCGAGAUCCAAGUCUUCUCCUCUGCUUCCACAGAACAUUCAAAGGGAUCUAUUAACUGGGCCAAGUUCACAAGCCUCAUUGUCAAGUCGGACGGGUAACUGGGACAGUGUCUCUUCCAGGUCCCAUAUUCCCGAAAUAAAUCCUACGCCAGAAUUUGUUUGUUAUCCAAUAGACUAUGAAAGCAUCCACCAUGACAGGGAGCUCAGGAAAAGGGCGUAUGAAAGGCAGAGAGUAAAGUCUUUGGAUGAAUUGGAGACUCCUGUAGAGGAACGUCCCAUUGUGUUUAGCAGAAGUUCUGAUCAACUCCACCGUUCGGUGAAAGGUAACAGGCAAACCAAUGGGCUAGCAUCAGAAACUGGCGUUUAUGGAUUCCAAAGGAGACCCAACAGAGAACAUAUGAAAUGGGACAGCACAGAGCUGCAAAGGAAAAACUUACCCCGAGCUCCGGCAAGACCUCCCUCUUCUCAGCUAAACUGGAAUAAAACAAAGGCAGAAAACAUCAAUGAGCCCGGAUCAGGACUUGACCCUGUUUCAUCUGCAGAGCCAGGCUACACGGUUGAGAGAUGUUAUAAUGUGUCCAAGAUACACAACCCGUAUUCCAGUCCAGAAUCUUCUCCUAAAACCCCCUCUCCACUUCUCUCUAUGCCAUUCCCACCCUGGAGAACCCCAUCCCAGGAAGACCAUGUGUUUUAUGAGGAUUCCUACACAAAAUCAGAAACAGUUGACAUUAAUCUUUCCCCAGCUUCUGAAAAUGCUUCUCCUAGAUCUAACCUCACCAAAUUGCAUGUGUCCAGAACAUUUGAUUCCUUACCCACUGAAAUACCGAUGGAGAACAAACUCAAGAUCACAGAGAAAAUAACCAGUGGAAAUAUUUCACCAACGAGAAAUGACUAUAAUCUGACGUGUCUCAAAGACAAUCGUGAAGAGGAGCAAACAACGACAGAGACAGUGGCUAAACUGAAGUGUCCAGUCACAAAUCUUGAAGAAAUUGCACUAAUCUCUGUGGAGCAAACGAGAUCUGGUGAGAGUCAGAGCGUCACAGCAGUAGGACACCAGGAAGGUGAGACCAAAGCAAACUCUGAGCCACAUGCAGAGGGCCAAGAUGAGGUGUCUCUGUCACUGAGGGUGAAGACACCUGAGGACCUGCUAAUAGAGAGCCUUAUGAAGGAAGUUCUGGAUCAGGACCAGUCUCUGGCUGACGUGCUGGAUCCCAGCUCUACCAAGAGAACUACAAUGGAUCUUGUGGAAGGGUUGUUUCGAACAGACACCUGGGUGCUUGAUGCUUGUCAGAUGAGAAAGAAAAUGAACGUGGAGAGAAAGGAAAUGGCGACCCAGGAGAACAGAGACAAACGAGACACUCAAUUAUCAUCGCCAACAGCAGGGACAAAUAAUCAGAUGCGGAAAAGUGUUGAGGAUAAAAUGGGUCGUCCAAGCGAUAUAGCAGAGAAGAAGCGAGAGUUAAUUGACGCAAUUAAUUGUAAACUUCAGAAGCUUCAGGAAAGGAAGGUAGCGUUAACUGCGGACAUCAGAGCCAACGAUCUGCUCGGUGAAAAUAUUGAGGCCUGGGUCGAAGGUACCUGCAAACCUCAUGAGGUGCAGAAAUACAAGACCUUCAUUAAAGAUCUGGACAAAGUACUGAACCUGCUCUUGAGCCUGUCGAGCCGGUUGGCACGAGUGGAGAAUGCUCUGAAUAAAGUCAACGAGGCCACUGAUUCAGAGGAGAAGAAAUCGCUGAAUGAAAGGCACCACACGCUGUCUGGUCAACAUGAAGAUGCCAGGGGACUGAAGGAGCAUCAAGAUCACAGGGAGCGAAUGACCUUCAAUAUCCUGUCCAACUACCUCACUGAGACCCAGCUCCAAGACUCUCAGCAAUUUAUUCAGACGACAAAAAUCUUACUAAUCGAGCAAAGAGAUCUGGAUGAGCACCUCAAACUCACUGAGGAUCAACUAGAAUGUCUCCAGAACAGCCUUGAGUCCUGAUUCCCUUUCAUUUUGUUUCAAAGAAAAAUAAACCACUAGAAUCUGUUAUAAUGUAGAACAAGGUGGUC